AUGAAGCUGGAUAAUACGCGUACCUCUCAUAGUGCCUACCUUUCAUGGAUGAUGCCAUACGCUAGCGUUUUUCUUUUCUUCUUGGACCACCCUAGGCCGCAUGCGUUGCAGGGUUCUUUUCUUCCAUCGGGUCCAACCCUCCAUAGCGGUGAUGUACGAGCCGGACAUUCCGUACAAUCUCCUUUAAGCGGGGCUCUUUUUUGUCUUCGAAGGUCUCUUCUAUGCAGCGUCUUCUCAGAGCUCAUAGUAUAUUGA